GGGUCAAUGUUGAGUGAAGUUUCAACCUGUGAGCAAGUCAAGGCUGGAGCUGGAGAGCAAAAUGCUGGAGAAGUUUCAGAAGGCGCUCACGAUUCGUAGUGGCACCAUGAGGGAGCUGCUGGCAGAAGCGCUGGGGAUGUUCAUCCUCAUGGUCUUUGGCUUGUCUUCUGUGGCACAAGUCGUAUUAGGAGGAGGAGACUUUGGGCAGCAUCUGAGCAUCAAUUUGGCAUUUGGCAUUGGUGUUACCUUGGGCAUCCAUGCGGCCGGAGGAAUCUCUGGAGCUCAUCUGAACGCUGCCAUCACCCUCACACACUGCAUUUUAGGAAACCUCCCCUGGAGAAAGCUCCCAGCUUAUGUGAUCGGCCAGUUCCUGGGCUCCUUUACAGCAGCAGCCACUGUCUUUGGCCUCUACUACGAUGCUCUGUAUGACUACACCAAGGGGAACUUCACAGUGACAGGACCGACCGCCACGGCGUCGAUCUUCUCCACGUACCCCGCUCCCUAUGUAUCCUUGCUGGGGGGCUUCUUCACAGAGUUUACAGCAACGGUGAUGCUGCUCCUGGGCAUUCUGGUCAUCCACGAUGAGAAAAACAACGGAGCUCUGAAAGGCACACAGGCCCUGCUCACGGGUAUCCUGGUCCUGGGCAUCGGCCUGGGGAUGGGGAUGAACACAGGCUAUGCCAUAAACCCCUCCCGGGACCUGCCCCCCAGGGUCUUCACGGCAAUUGCUGGCUGGGGAAUGGAUGUCUUCACGGCUGGACAUUACUGGUGGUGGGUCCCAGUCACAGCUCCGAUUCUGGGAAGUCUUGCUGGUGUUUUAAUCCACAAACUCUUCAUUGAUUUUCACAACCAACCUGUCCCAGAAAGUGGAAAUGAGAAAGGACGGCCAGUGGUGGAGACUUCUACGCUGUGA